AUGACUCUGCUUAUUAUUUAUACCAGUAUUGCCCUCACUCUGGCCAGGAUAGCAUCGGCAUGGCCAUCCCUCCCACUACAGGAGAAGGUCCUGCACGUCAAAUACCCGGGACGACCAUGGAUGACUCCUGGAGGGAAUAUAACAAGAGCAGAAGCAAAGGAAGUCCCUAGCAUAAGUGCCCAUGGACUUCUCUGCUCGAAACCGUACCUGAUGCUUUUCAUCGACCUAGAUGUCGUCCUGGAACAGACCACUGCAACUGUAAUCCUUCACUGGUACCAGCCAGAUCUCGAGGCUGAAUGCGCCAAUUCCACACCCAGCAUCGAGGGUGAACAUGAAGGUAAUAAUAUGCUGCAGCCGAACAGAACCCUCCCUCGGAAACCAGCGUCCUAUAUCGGUCCUCGAGCUCCCACGGGUCAAAGACAUCGCUACGUCUUCCUCCUCUUCGAGCAGCCCCCGGAGUAUAAAUUUCCAGACUGUUUCCGGCACAUAUUCCCCGAAACGGUCGAAGCGAGGGCCGGGUUCGACAUUGUGCAGUUUACAAGAGUUGCCAGGCUGGGUGUUCCUGUGGCCGUUAACUGGUUCUGGGGAGGAGAUGACGGCGAGGAGGGAGUCAAUUCGACAUUGACUGCCACCUCAGCGACGCCGACGAGGUCAGCUACAAAGAAGCCGGGGGAAAUUACGACUUCGAUGAGGAUUGCGCCGUGCAAGAUUACCGGAUACAUGUAUGGGCAUGGGCAUGGGCAGGAACUCCUUCAACUGGUUUUAUGA